AUGGUAGGACUCAAAAAAUUCGAAGAAUUGUCGAAAGAAUUGACGAAAGAAUUGGACGCAAUAAAAGAAUCGCCACCGCCGACGAUCUCGAUCUACGAUAUGUGGAAGCUGGAGCGCUUUCGCUACCGCGAAAAGCAAGUGGGCAAAGCUCUGAGCUUGCCCGUAAAAGAUAUGCCCGUGCAGGUACAGCUGAAAUUUUUUCCCCGCGGCCGAGUCGACGGCAGCCUGCGCAGCUCGAUCAUGCUCGAGUAUCCGGAAAUCUGUUACUUGAGAAACGUCUUCGAGGUCGAUGUGACCCUGCGGAUCUUGAAGCACCGUAAGGUUCGUCAGGAGUUCAGGAAGAGCUUCGUCACGCUCGGGCGUCGCCAGGAAAAUUACUGGUGGCUGGACCUCUACGAGAUAGCCCAAGAGCGCGACUUGACGUGCGACGAGGACGGCAGCUUGACGAUCGACUGCCUGGUGACCGUCGAUCCAGCCUCGGCCAAGCGCCAGGAUCGCGAGAAUCCGUUCGAGUUCGCCGAGGAGGACGACGAGCGCCGCUACGACUUCUAUCGCCGGCUCUGGGGCACCGAACAGUUCAACGACUGCGUCGUCAUGACGCUCGGCGGACUGGUGAUACCCGCGCACAAGAUCGUGCUGGCCGCGGCGAGUCCCGUGCUCGAGGCCUUGUUCAAGAAGAAGCACAAAAGGAUGUACAAUUUGCGCAUCUACGAGGCUGGCAAGGAGGCCGUGGUGCAGCUGCUGUUCUACGCCUACACGGGUCGGCUGAAGCUCUGCAACGACGUGAGGACGCUGGUCGAGCUGCUCACCCUGGCCCACGCCUACGGGGUCAAGGGUCUGAAGCUCGCGUGCCAGAGGAGGCUGAUCGAGCACAUGGACGUGGACAACUGCGUGGAUAUUUUGCGGGCGUGCGCGAGGCCCGACACCGAGCUACUGAAGAACGCGGCGCUCGAUUUCUUCGUGAAAAAUGUGAGGCAUCUACGAGGCCGUUUGAAAGAGAUAAAAGAUCACGAUUUGUACGUGGCUGUCAUCAAUAAGAUGUUUUGA